UGAUUUCUACGUAUUCGUGUCAGUUAACGCAAAAAAUAAUGUUAUCUAAAGAUUGAAAUUUUUGUACUGUUCGCGACAUAGUAUGGCUGAUGCAUUGUCAGCGUACUCUGAAAAUAGCACUACAAAUGACAGGACUGACUGACAGAAUCAGACGUCACUCGUCUAGUGUUGUGACUAAACGUGGCGAAAUGUUUCCAACCCGGUAAUUUUAUUUGUUUUUCUGUUUUCCCAAAAGGAAUCUCCUCUGUUGACAUUCAGUGAGUGGGAGUAUUGUGUGAGUCUAUCGAUAAGACGUUGUUUGUAUCAUAAUGGGUCUCUGCAAGUGCCCCAAAAAACGUGUAACAAAUCAGUUUUGCUUUGAACAUCGCGUGAAUGUUUGCGAAUACUGCAUGGUCACAAACCAUUCAAAGUGUGUGGUUCAGUCCUACUUGCAAUGGCUUCAAGAUAGUGACUACACCCCAAUUUGCGAACUUUGCACGAGAGAACUGUCUACAGAAGAUUGUGUCCGCUUAGUGUGUUAUCACGUAUUCCAUUGGGGAUGUCUUGAUGCCCAUGCAAGACGCCUUCCAGCCACAACUGCGCCAGCUGGUUACACUUGUCCAUUUGCCAACUGCUCCCAGGUUUUGUUUCCUGCUGCAAAUCUUGUCUCACCAGUUGCUGAUGUCCUGCGGGAAAAACUAGCCGGAGUCAAUUGGGCAAGAGCUGGACUUGGAUUGCCUCUGUUGAGUGAAGACCGUGAAAUCAAGCCUCCAUCAGAGGGACGCAAGUUAGUCACUGAUUUCAAUGGUCCAAAUGGAAGUCAAAUUCCUCAGGUGAACCAUUCCAACAGCAUUUCAAAUAAUGCGGUCAAUAACUCAAGAUCUUCAGACCGUGCCCCGUCACCUCACUCAGUUGUGGAUGUUGAGGAGUCUUUGUCAAAUUACAGUUAUCCUGUUUCAGGUCAAGCUCCAAGACGAGUGUUUCAGGCCCUCGAUGAUUCAAGAGAUACUUUGUUUGACCAUGAUGAAAACAAGUACAAACGCCGCUCUGCUAUAGACAUGUUCAGGAGAUGGUGGAAACAACAAACAAACCGAGGAGGCUCAAGACAGUCCCAAAGGCGCUGCAUGAUGGUAGCCUCACUCAUAUCUUUUACGAUUGGUCUUCUAAUCUUCUGCUCAUGGGCUGGCAGGAGAGCUACUGAAGAUGAUCCUAACUUGGAUCCAAUGCACAAUCCAAACAUUCAUGUACAGAACAUCGAGUGAGCAGCUCAGCCAAUCAAUUAAUCUAUUGCGGCGACAAAAUUGGAAGCAUCCAAUAGCAGUUGGGGUUGUGGAUGUAUCAUACACCUAACGAAGUAGCAGCUUAGUAACUGAAAUUUUGUAUCUUAUGGCACACCUCAUACUGUCCUUUUUUAUUAUUAUGGAGAAUUGUGAAGGGUUGGAUUUAAAGACUGAUUUGAUCAAUUUGUGUAUGGGAAAUUGUGCAGCAUGAGUCUUUAUUGUUUGCCAAUUAUUUUCAGAUAUCCUUAUAUGUGCUUUUCCAUCACUGGGACUUUUCCACCUCCAUUGUUGUUGUGAUGGAAAGGUUUGUGCUUUCUUCCAAUCAGGUGAAUAAUAAGCUGGUAACUUUUACUGUGCAGAACUGGGGCACUGUAUUGGGGGAGCAUUGUAAUAAUUUUCUGGGUUAGUAAAUUUAAAAACAAGCAGUAAAGAGAUAUUGUAAUAAUGUUGGCAGGCUUCCUGUGUAGGGUCUAUUGACUGGAAAUGUAGAAAAUUAUGCAGUUUAUUGUUCAGGUCCUUAUGAUUUAGCCCGAGGCCAUCUAAUCUAAACUUUCUGGUCUUGACCAUGCAAACUGCUUUCUUUGACUUGUAAAUUUGUCGAUAAAUAUCAUAGUUGACGGCUUGACACAAUUUUAUCAUUGUUAUUACCAGUUCAUUGUUUGUUUUCUUGUUUUGGUUUUUUUUCCUGUUAAGAAAAGUAGAUAAUUUUUAUAUUAUUAGCUACAGACGUGUUAAAUGAUAAAAAGUUGAAAUGGGCUUGAUCAGUUUUUCAUCAACUCUGUUUUUACUUGUUGUAGUGUCCUGUCAUGCAGUACUUUUAAUAUGAAUCUUGCUGAGCAUCAUCUCUUCCUAACGUCCAUAGUGAGUUAUGGACAAAUGUGAGCACACUUUGGAAACAUAUGGGCGUGCUCAAAUUUGUCCGCAUUAUCAUAUGUUUUAAACAAACCUUGUUGUUUGGUCAGGAGGUGAAUUCAAUUAAAAGACCAUUCAAACUGC